GUUUUCUAACUUUUCCUGUGUCAUGGCAAAAUUUGUACUCGCUGGAAAAGCAGACUGUCCUAAUUACGCUAAAGCGGAGCUUUUAGCGGACCAACUGCAGUGCUCUCUGCCAGAUUUCCGGGUCCGUAAGAUCCCCAUCCUGCCAGAUAAAUGGAAGGAAUGGCUAGAGUCCACAUGCAAACAGAACGGCUGGAAGCACAAAGACUCUCCUGUAGUUUGGAGAGAGCUUGUGAAUCAAGGGGGCAAAGAGUUGCUCCUGGGGGGUCUUGGUGACUUCUUGAAGCACUGCCAGGACUACUACGGCGUCACGUCACACGUGUCAACAGAUUCUCUGCUGCAAAUCGCAGCAGAGAAUCUGGAAACCCAGACAGCCUCUGAAGAUGAACAGCACCGCCUCAGUCUCAUCCAACCCUUUCACGUGUGGAUCACAGGGUGAGUUAGCCUGCAGCCUUCUGCUGAGGUGUUUCCCAAGGGGACCACAGUUGUCCUCCAUCUAAUGGACCUGGAGGGGAGCGAGGAGGAGAUGCAGGAGCUACGGAUGGAUGUGGAAGACCUGGCUCUCAGCAUGCUCCACCAGGCACGCCUCUCUCCCCAAGUUCUGAAUGUCCUGACGACACAGACCGCCUAAUGAAAACAAAUCCAGGUGACUGUUCACACAGACCUGGAGCAGGCGUUCCAGGCGGCGGACGUCAUCCUCCUGUUGGAUGACUUCAGCGCUCAGACCGAGGAGAGCGACGAGGAGAAGACGCAGAGAGAGAAAGAAACAUCCGAGCGCCACAGGACGUACGGGCGACUCAUCGACGAACGAGUCAGCAAACAGGUGAAGAUGAUCAUGUGCGGCGAGUCGUCCAUCAGCCUGAGGUGUUCUCUGUUGGUGGAAAAGGCACCCACCGUCCACAGCAGCCACUUCGUUGCCGUCGCAACGCAGCUGGAAGAUGAAGCCAGGGCAGUGAUUGUGAGGGAGAUGAACGUGAGGCCAUCAGGUGAAAUUGUCCUCACUUGUGUUUUUGUUGUAUUUCAGUAGAUCCUUCAUAGUCAGAUGGAUUUUUGAUGUUUUCUAAACUGUA